UUCAGUCAGGAAGACUGGACAGGCUUAGCCAUCCCCGGCUGACAUCCUCACCGCCAGCUGAUUAGGGGCGGGUCGGGUAAUGCCAGACGUGGGUGACGUAAUCGCAAACCAAUUGCAUCAGUGCUGGCGAACGUUAAAAGACUGUUCUCCCUUUUCCGUCAGUUGUCAUUUCAGCGCGCACCAAAGGCAUAAUAGUCCUAGGAGAAAGCAGCGAUUUUGACGACGAGAGAAUGUCCGAUUCGGACAGCGAUCCUUUCCGGAGACGCGAGUCUCCAGAACCACAGCCGGCGAGCAGCCCAGCUAGCGGCCGGCGUAAGAGCGCUCGCCUUACGGGGCGCAGCGGCUCCGCAACGGAUGAGCGAGUAAUCAUCCUCACCCAACUUCAGGAACGAGGCGUUGUUCCAGCACCGGGGCUCCCUCUCUCGCAGCUGCGGGACUUGGUGAAGCUCACAGCGGGCGAAGAGCGUAUCGAUUCCUCCCCACCGCCCGCGCCAGGGCGGAAGCGAACCCGGAAGUCGGGACCGAAAGAAGCGACGCAGGCGAAGCGGGGGAAUACUACAACCCGGGCUAAGGCUCCGGCAGCCACGGCGGGCACGUCAGGUUCGGACGACACGGUAGUGUCCAACAACGCGGUAAUCGCCACCUUACAAACACUGGUCAACACCAUGGGCACCAUCGAGGCUCGACUGCAGCACCUAAGCAAUAGGCAGCCCAGUCCGGUCAACACACUCAGCGCAGACAUCCAUGAGUCCAGGGGACCCGCAUCCGGCAUGGGUAAUCAGCCUUCCACGUCAGCACAAGGGGAAACGGCGCAGCACUCGUUGGCAUCGGCAGUACCGGAUCAGACGCAGGUUGUCAUUUCAGCGCGCACCAAAGGCAUCCCACCACCACCCCUGACACCUCCAAUCUCCGGCAGAACCUGGCACAUCAGGAAAUUGGAGCAACUCAUUCUCUACCACCACCACCAGUGUCUGGACUCCCAAAGGGGGGGAUAUAGCUCGGCUCAGCAUCCCGGCCCCUGUGCUUUCCUACGGCAGGAUGGAGUCCAAGCCCCAAACUCAGUGCCAUAACAAUAUUCAUGCAUGUUAUAAUAAAGCAGUGUUCAAACUUCAAGUCUCUCCGGAUUGAAAUA